CGUCACGAACGCGCACGUUGUGCGGAGCGUCGCGGGCUCGCGGCUGAUAUGGCGGCGCUACUAAGAGGGCUGCGAGCCGGGAGUAUCCUGCGGGGUCUCUGCAGUGUGCCCGUUCCUCUGGCAGGCGGUCCCCGAUACAGGACAGUGCAACGCCGUGUUCAUCAGGCAGCCGUGCUGUACACACAAGAUUACUCCAAACCCGACAGCACGUCGUCAUCCUCCACAUCAUCAUCAUCCUCAUCUUCCUACCAUCAGCAUUACCAGGCCCAUGCCUCUGAGCAGGAACCAAAGAUACCUGGUUCUGAAGCAGAAGGUCCACAGCCAAACACCAGCUAUGCAAACCAGGACGGGGAGCAAUCUGAAGAUUACGAGACAGAGGAGCAGCUGCAGACACGCAUCCUUGCUGCUGCUCUAGAGUUUGUCCCACAGCAUGGCUGGUCAGUAGAGGCUAUUGCUGCAGGAGCUGAGACCCUGGGUCUGUCUUCAGCCUCCAGUGAGAUGUUCACCAAUGGGUCCGGCGACCUGGUCCUCUUCUUCGUUGCCAAAAGUAAUGCCCAGCUCACAGAAAUCCUAGCAGAGCAGCACAACCAGGUGCAGCUGGGCCAGGCUGAACCAAAGAAAACUGCACAGUUUCUGAGAGAUGCUGUGGAGACCCGACUAAGGAUGCUUGUCCCAUACAUCAACACGUGGCCACAGGCCAUGAGCAUCCUGCUGCUUCCUCACAAUAUUCCGGACAGCCUGAAACACAUGUCCACUCUGGUGGAUGACAUCUGGUACUACGCUGGGGACCGCUCAACAGAUUUGAAUUGGUACACUCGCCGUGCUGCUCUGACUGGGAUCUACAACACCACAGAGCUGGUGAUGGUACAGGACUCAUCCCCUGAUUUCCAGGACACCUGGACCUUCCUCGACAAUCGUAUCCAAGAUGUUGUUAAUAUGGCUAACACAGUCAAGACGGUUCAAUCAACUGGUGAAGCUGUAGUGCAGGGGCUCAUGGGAGCUGCUGUCACACUGAAGAACCUUACAGGACUAAACCAGAGGCGAUGAGACGAGGAAAAGACCUUCUUGACUUUGGCCUAAUGCCUUCAGACCGCUGCACUCUCCCAUCCUAGUAGGGUUUGGUCUGUCUGUUCAUCUGUCUGUCGACCCAUACAGCAGAUUCAAAGAUAUUUUUUUUUUUUUUUUUUUUCAGUAUCACCAUUACCUUACCAUCUCUCUCUCUCUCUCUCUCCUGAUGCCUGUAAGGGUUAUUUCAGUUAUAGCUGUGCUUUUGUUAUGUGGUUGUUUUUCUUCCUCCCCUGUAGGGGAGUACUGAAAGGAGUAUUGGACUUAAGAUCUGGCCCAUCUGUCUCCAGAUAGCUUUAGUAAGAGAUGCCAAAUUUUAGUCUUUCCCCAGAGGCCCCAUGCCCAUCUCUCUUGCUUUAGACAGUAAGAACUGGGGUAUGCGUGCUGCAAUAGAAAUGUUUAUAUCUAAGAUGUUUGGUUUUCCCUUGCUCUGUGAGAGCACUGCAAAUAAAGCGCACACUGUGUGUUCUUUG